AUGGCUGAUCUGGAAGCAGUGCUCGCCGAUGUGAGCUAUUUGAUGGCGAUGGAAAAGAGCCGAUCGCAGCCAGCCGCUCGUGCCUCUAAGCGAAUCGUUUUGCCCGAUCCGAGUGUUCGGAGCAUUAUGCAGAAAUAUCUUGAGAAGACGGGUGAGAUCAAAUUCGAGAAGAUCUUCAACCAGAGGCUUGGCUUUUUAUUGCUGAAAGAUUUCGCGGAAAACAUCUCUGAGAACGCUUGUCCACAAAUAAAAUUCUACGAAGCGAUCAAAGAAUUUGAAAAGAUGGAGACACCCGAGGAGAGGCUGGCGAAAGCUCGUGAAAUCUACGAUCACCACAUAAUGGUUGAAAUGCUCGCGCAUGCACAUAAUUACUCAAAAGAAUCGCUGCAACACGUGCAAUAUCAUCUACUGCGAGGAAGUGUGCCACCAGAUCUUUUUCAGCGAUAUGUGGUGGAGAUUUGCGAGCAAUUGAAGGGCGAUAUUUUCCAACGAUUUUUGGAGAGUGACAAAUUCACCCGCUUUUGCCAGUGGAAAAAUCUUGAGUUGAACAUGAAUCUUUCAAUGAAUGACUUCUCGGUGCAUCGAAUUAUUGGACGAGGAGGCUUCGGAGAGGUGUACGGUUGUCGAAAAGCGGACACCGGGAAAAUGUACGCAAUGAAAUGUCUCGACAAAAAGCGGAUAAAGCUGAAGCAGGGAGAGACUUUGGCGUUAAACGAGAGAAUCAUGUUGUCACUCGUUUCCACAGGGCAAGAUUGUCCAUUCAUCGUGUGCAUGACGUACGCGUUUCAAACGCCCGACAAAUUGUGUUUCAUUCUCGAUUUGAUGAAUGGAGGUGAUUUGCAUUACCAUUUGUCUCAACACGGCGUUUUCACCGAACAAGAAAUGCUCUUUUAUGCGUCAGAGGUGAUUCUCGGCUUAGAGCAUAUGCACAAUCGUUAUGUUGUUUAUCGCGAUCUUAAACCGGCAAACAUUCUGCUGGACGAGAAUGGGCAUGUGCGAGUGUCGGAUCUUGGACUCGCUUGUGACUUUUCGAAGAAAAAGCCACACGCCUCUGUGGGCACACAUGGGUACAUGGCUCCAGAAGUGCUCGCCAAGGGAGUCGCCUAUGACUCGUGCGCCGACUGGUUCUCUUUCGGGUGUAUGCUUUACAAAUUGCUCAAGGGUCAUUCACCGUUUCGGCAACACAAAUCAAAAGAUAAAUCAGAAAUCGACAAAAUGACCAUGACACAUGACAUCGAAUUGCCGGAUGCCGGUUUCACAAAUGAAUGUCGCGAUCUUUUGGAGGGACUCUUAAAAAGAGAUGUACCCGAUCGUUUGGGUUGUCGAGGCAGAGGUCCACUUGAAGUGAAAGAUCAUGCUUUCUUUGCGGGAGUCGAUUGGCAAACUGUCUACCUCAGGCGGCUAACUCCUCCAUUGAUUCCACCACGUGGAGAGGUAAAUGCAGCUGAUGCAUUUGAUAUUGGAAAUUUCGAUGACGAUGAAGUGAAAGGUGUUAAGUUGGCUGAAGGCGAUAACGAAUUAUACAAGAAUUUCAAUAUUACGAUAUCGGAACGAUGGCAAAAUGAGGUCGCCGAAACGAUAUUCGAGGUGGUGAACCAAGACGCCGAUAAGGCCGAGCAAAAGAAGAAAGCGAAGCACAAGGCAAAAAUGAAUGUCGACGAAAAAGAUUCGGAUGUGAUCGUUCAUGGAUACAUCAAGAAACUUGGUGGUCCAUUCACGUCAGCUUGGCAAACACGAUACGGCAAAUUGUACCCAAGUCGUUUAGAGCUCUAUCCAGAAUCUCUAUCAGGGAAACCCGAGUUGGUAUUCAUGGAUCAAAUCGAGGACGUUGGCUCGGAGUUGCAAACGGUGAAAGGCGAGAAUGCGAUAGUCGUGAAACUAAAGGAGGGUUUGAAAGAAAGCAAAGUCAUUCUAACAAAUCAGGAUGAAAUUUCACUGAAAGAGUGGCACACAUCGUUGCGCACCGCUCACCGCGUCUCAUCUGAACUUUUACAACGAAUGGGUCGAAAAGCGAUUAAAAUCUAUGGCGUCAAUCACGAUCCAAUGCUUUCGGAGGCGGAAAGGCCUUCAUCGGUGACGAGAGCUUUCCUCAAUCGAGCCUCUUCUUUAGACUCGGGCAUC